AGAUUGCUGAGGUGGCGCGAAGCGAAGAGCAAGGACUCGGAGGAGGCGGCGGAGGCCGCCGUGGAGGCUAAGCGGGAGAAGUUGGCCAAAGUGCAGAAGGAUAUCGGCGUACUCAAGGCUUUCUACAAGGACACCUGCAGCCAGUGGAUUGAUAUUGCGCGCCGAAACAUCGGCCACGUCGAUUGGGCUCCCGAGAUCUCCGUCGACGUCCAGGUUUGCAAGUACACCAAGGAUAUUAGUACGUUCGAGGUUGAUGCAGCGAGGUUCAAGGUCCAGUUCAAGGGUAACAUUGUCGACUUAGGAUCUAAGUUUACUCCCCGGCAGCUCACCGACGUGUUCUACCCUCAAAGUGGCGGUAGGACGGUGUUCAAGUUCCCCGCGAAUCGCCAGCUCAGGAUCAACGGUUGUGUCACUCUCGAGCUCCUGGCCGUUCCCGACUGUUUCGACAGCAACGGCAAGCCCUGCCUUAUCGUCAUGAAGGACGGCAACACCACCGACCUCACGGUUGGACGCUACGCCGGCCUGGAGGCCUACCUUUGCAAUAGCAUUGGCCCCGCCCCGUUCUCCGCCAAGGGCGACUCCGGCUCGCUCAUCUUCGAUGGUGAGGGUCGUAUGGUCGGUAUUUUCCACUCUGGGAUGCCUAAAGGCGGGAGCAACCACGUCACCUACACCACCCCUGCCUGGUGGGCCAUCGAGCAACUCAAACUCAAGUAUCCGCACGCCGGCUUCGACCGCAUCGCUUUCUAA